UCGAAAGAUCUUUGAGACACGAAUUAUUAUGUUGCUGAGUGCAGAUUUUUUGCAAAGUGGGAAAAUAACACCUAAACUAGAUGCUCAAACUCCACUUUGAUGGUAUUUUGCUGUAAACCUUUGAGUGGAACACAUCAUAUUUUCCAAAGGGAAUUUAUGAUUUUCAAAUCCUCAUUUUUUUUAAAGUUUUAACCUUCGCAUCUUCAUCAGGACAGUUAAAUUGUGCCGAAUAUCGUAAUAAGUGGUAGUAUGGAAAGCAAAGUGAUAUGAAUUUGAAAAAUUUUAUCCAUAAUUGCAUAUUUAAAAUAUGUACUACAAGUUUAGCCUUAUUUUCUUCUACUUAACAAUUUAUUCACAGUUCACAAUCGUGGUUUACGGUGAAGAUGAAUUGCGACAUAAAAAGAAGAAGGGACAACAGCAAAAGGAUCAAGAACCUAAACCUACAAUUUGCAUUCUUCCAAUCCCACUGCAAACCUACCAACCAUCCUAUGUACACUCAGGAGAUCAGUUUCAGAAUUCGUACAUUGGAAGUAAUCAAGAAUUGCGGAAGAAGGGAAAACCACUUAAAUAUGAUAAUGCCAAUAAGAGUGGUUGUGUAGUUGUAGCCGCUGAAUCUCAAAACCCCAACUCUGAUAAUCCUCAGCAACAAACAACGAAGAAGACGAAGAAGAAACCUCUUAUAUUCAAACCACAUAAGAUUAAAAAGAGGAAGAAGAAGAAGAAGCAACAAGCUCAAAUGUUAGCACAGAUGGAACAUGAUUUGGGAUCAGCUUUUAAGGAUCUCAUGACAAGUCUUGAUUACUUUUGGCCCAAAGUACAAGUCACUUUCACCACGGGAACAGCAUCAAUUGGACACAACAUCUUCAGGGGAAUUAUACCGCUAAUGGCGGCAGGCAUGAAGAUUAAGAAAUUGCUCUUUUUGAUGAUGGAUCCAAUGUUCAGUACGAUGAUGUAUUCACUGGGAUACGGGAGUGGUUAUCGUCCAAGACCAAAGACAACAGAGGAACAAUCAACAACCAGUGAAAAUCAACCUGAAGAAGAAACGAAUGAAGAUGUCCAAGAAGAUGAUCAAACCCAUUAUUCUGAUCCUGUUAUGACGCAGGAACAAUUCGACAAUCAGAAAGAAGAUGAAGAAGAAGAAGAAGACGAUGAAGAUGAGGAGGAAGACGACGAAGAAGCUGAACAACAGGAUGACGAAGAUGAGGAAGAAGAUGAUGAUGAAGAUGAAUCAGGGGAUAAAGAAGACGAAGAUGACAGUGAAGAUGCAUCAAAUGACGUCGAAGAUGUAGAAUCUGAGGAACCAGUCGACGGAAAUAUUGACUACCCAUCUAAAGACAGCGGAGAACAGAUAAACAAUGUAAAGAAGUCAAAGAAGAAGACGAAGGAUAAGGGUGACCUUCUAGUCGGGCUCAACUACAUCUGGGAAGGUAUGGUUACAGGAUUUGAUGAUUUGGCAAUGAGUCGUAAGCAAUGAGGUGAGAUCGUUUUUUAUCAUUAAGGUAGGGAUUUGUUGUAAAUGCUCCAAUGAAAAGUAUUUAUAAAGAUUUUUGUAAAUAAAUUAAUUAUUAAAAAUUUAA